AUGUCUGGGUCUAUUAAUACCGAUAGGCUUGUUGAGUGGUUGAAUCAGAAUGGACAUUGGGACGAUGAAAUCCUUGAAGUAAGAGCAUCAACCGUUGGUGGUAUGGGGGUGUUUCUUAGAGACGACAUUAGCGUAGAAGACGUGGACCAACUUCUUUUGAGAAUACCAAAAAGCAGUGUAUUGAGUUGUAAGAACUCAUAUAUUUACAAUUUACUUAUUGACUACCAAGAACUGCAAGACUUUGCUGAAUUUGGAAAUACUGAUGAAAAUGAUGAUACUCCAAUUGACUUAACUAGUGGAAUGCAUGGACUUGUAUUGGCAGUUAUAUAUGAGUUGGAUGCCGGAAAUAGUUCACCAUGGUAUGAAUAUUUGCAUAGUAUCGACUUUGUAAAUGCAAGCACACCGGUAUGUUUGUGGAGUGAGGCCGGAAAGAAAUUGCUUCGUAAUACCGAGAUCGACUUAUUAGAUAUGCUUAAUCUGAAAGAAUUGACAUGGUUCUUCAAAGUGUGUUGUGCAUUCGCUGAAGCAAACUCAGGCAUAAUUGAUGUACCGGGGAUUCUACGUAGAAGUGAAUCUGCCAAAAUUGCUCAGUUUGGUAAGGUUGUGACGUCUGUGAUAUCUCGUGCCUUUGAAGUUGACGAUUUCCAUGGGUUAAGUUUGGUUCCUGGUGCAGAUCUAUUUAACCAUAAGUCCCCAUUAUAUAGCGAGAAUAUGAUCAAAGGUGGCGAGCAUGUGCAUUUCAUGAGCGAUAACAACAGUUGUUUAACAUGUGGAGAAAUUAACUGUGCCGACCACGGCAGUGAAACCAGCAGUGAAACUGGCGGGGACUCUUCGGUCGAUGAACUGGAGUCUAAUGAAAGCAUGAAUGAAGAAGAAGAAGAAGAAAAGAAUCCUGAAAGUUCAGCAAUCACCUUGGAUGAUAUUGCUAUGUUAGAACAGGAGUUGGCUGAAGAAGAAGAAUCUGAUGCCGAUACAGAUAAAGAUGACGAUGAGUGUCUGACUAUUAGUGACUCAAAGAUAAACGGUGGUGUCUCGAAUACUCCAGAAGCAGAAUUGGCUUUAGAACUAGCAGAUUCAAGCAAGUGUUGUGAUAUUACUCUUGUUGCUAACGAUAUUCAGCCAGGAAUGGAAAUCUUCAACACAUACGGAAAUGGGCUCUCUAAUCCCUACUUGCUUCAAAGGUAUGGAUUUGUAUCUCCUAACAAUCCCAACAACACAGUGUCAUUAUCAGUGCAGAUGUUCCGGUAUCUCAAGAAUUUAAGGAAGGGGAUAUCGAAGGGAAAGGAAACCAUGUUGCAGGCGAAGAUCGACUGGUUUGAGGAGGUUGGUUUUGGUCUAAUUAAUGACAUAGAUCUUGAAAGAAGAUCUUGUCACCAAAAACAUGGCCAUGGACACGAGCAUAAACAUGAACAUGGUCGUUGUGGAGAAGAAGAUAAAGAGGAUGAAGAAGAUGAAUAUGAAAGUCCAGAAACUUGGCCUUUGGCUGUACGUAUAGAAUAUCCUGGCAAGCUUUCUAUUCAAGCAUGUGCAAUAAUACUGCUCCUACAAAUGUCUUUCAAGGAAUUUGAGCUUCGGUUUAGGAACAUCACGAAACCAACUGCUUUAUUAGCCAAUUCAAAGAAAUAUUUGACCGUAGAAACCCCUGAAGUUCUUGGAUUGGCCAAAAGAUGGUGUCAAGAGAAACUUCGUCUCUACUGCCCUUUAGAUUCUAAUGAUUUGUUGUCGGAAACAGAAAGACACUUUGAGAUCAUCCGCCAAAUCAUUGAUCAGGAGCAAAAGAUGUUGGUAUUAUUUAUUAACAAGCUGUAG